AUGACUAAUAUCCAGCCUGCAAUUGAUUUGCACACAAAUCUAGCAAUUUCAUCAGAUCUCCCUUGUUUGGAACAGAAGAAGCAGCUCAACUGCAGAGCAUGCUGCCUCCUUGGCCCUCCUCCACCGCCCCUGUUCCCACCACCGUACUUCAGGCACAGCUGGAGCACUCUGGAUAUGGAGGAGUUGUGUCAUGAGCUCCAGAUAAUAAAGGCUUCCUCUCUGCCUGAAUCGCACUGUUCUGCAGGGCCUCCUGGCCCCCAGGGCCCACAAGGAAUACCUGGUAUAAUGGGACCAAAAGGGGAGAAGGGGGAAAUUGGCAGGCCUGGAAGAAAGGGCAGACCAGGUCCCCCGGGCGUCCCUGGGAUGCCAGGACCAGUAGGAUGGCCGGGACCUGUGGGACCGAAGGGUGAAAAGGGAGAGUUGGGUGUGAUGGGAUUGCCAGGUACAAGAGGACCAAUGGGCUCCAAGGGUUUUCCUGGAACUAGAGGAGAAAAGGGAUCCAGAGGUGACAGAGGCGACAAAGGAGUCAAAGGAGACCCGGGAGAAAUAGGCUUUCCUGGAAUGCUGGGACAAAAAGGAGAGAUGGGCCCUAAGGGACAAUCCGGAGUACCAGGACACAGAGGACCUAUAGGAAGACCUGGAAAACGAGGCAAACAAGGACUCAAGGGAGACAUUGGACCGGCGGGUGUCAUGGGCCCACCUGGUAGGCCUGGUCCUGUUGGCCAGCCAGGCCCCCCUGGACCAUCAGGAUUAGGGCAAUUUGUGAUAGGACCAAAAGGAGAAAGAGGACUUCCAGGGCCUCCAGGGAGAUGUCUCUGCAGAACCCCACAGCACAUGAGUAACCCAUCAUAUGAGGAAUCUGUGUUUGGACACAGCUACCCAAAAGUUCCCGCGAUUUUUGUGGUGAAUAAUCAAGAAGAAUUGGACCGGUUAAACACUGAAAAUGCAUUAGCUUUUAGAAGAGAUCAGAGAUCUUUGUAUUUCAAGGAUACCUUUGGAUGGCUCCCAGUCCAGCUCACCCCUCUCUAUCCCGUGGAUUACCACUUCCAGGAUGGGGGUACCUGUGGAGAUGGGAUCGUGCAGGAUGGGGAGGAGUGUGACGACGGCAAUGCGGUUGUGACUGAUGGCUGUAUAAGGUGCCACCGUGCUUACUGCGGAGAUGGCUACAAGCACGAGGGGGUUGAAGACUGCGAUGGGAUGGAUUUUGGAUAUUUGACAUGUAGAACAUACCUUCCUGGGUCUUAUGGAAAACUGCGAUGCACUUCUUACUGCUACAUUGACUCCACACAGUGCCGAUACUUCACAUGA